GUUUCCCUAAUCCUAAUGUGUAACACGGAAGUUUUUUUUUAUGUGUAAUUUUGACGGGUUGUCAAUUUUUAUCUAAUUUCGACAAUACAAAAUAAGUAAAAACAUUUUGUAUUUCAUUUUAUUGUUUUCAUCGAGCGUGUCCAUUGAGAAAUAGCAAAAUGCCACGAAUUAUGAUAAAGGGCGGCGUUUGGCGCAACACGGAGGAUGAAAUAUUGAAAGCGGCUGUUAUGAAAUAUGGAAAGAAUCAAUGGAGUCGUAUUGCUUCAUUGCUUCAUAGAAAAUCGGCGAAACAAUGUAAAGCACGAUGGUUUGAAUGGUUGGAUCCAAGUAUCAAAAAAACUGAAUGGAGUCGCGAGGAAGAUGAGAAAUUGUUACAUCUUGCAAAAUUAAUGCCAACGCAAUGGAGAACAAUUGCGCCAAUUAUUGGACGAACAGCAGCGCAAUGUUUAGAGAGAUAUGAAUAUUUAUUGGAUCAAGCGCAAAAAAAAGAAGAGGGCGAGGAUGUAUCGGACGAUCCAAGAAAAUUGAAACCAGGUGAAAUUGAUCCAAAUCCUGAGACAAAGCCAGCGCGUCCCGAUCCAAAGGAUAUGGAUGAGGAUGAACUUGAAAUGCUCUCGGAGGCACGAGCAAGAUUGGCAAAUACACAGGGGAAAAAAGCAAAACGUAAAGCACGCGAGAAACAAUUGGAAGAGGCAAGAAGGCUUGCGGCAUUGCAAAAACGUCGUGAAUUGAGAGCCGCUGGAAUUACUGUUAAUCAGAAAAAUAAACGAAAACGAGAAAUGAAUUAUAAUUCGGAAAUUCCUUUUGAAAAACGUCCAGCUUCUGGAUUUUAUGAUACUUCAAAUGAACAUGUCGAUCCAUUGGCGGCUGAUUUUUCAAGAUUGAGACAACAACAUUUGGAUGGUGAAUCACGUCAGGAGGCAGAAAUGAUGGAGCGAAGAAAGGAUAAACAAAAAUUGAAACAACGCAAAGAAAAUGAUAUGCCAAUGGGUAUGUUGAAUAAUGAGGAACCUGUGAAGAAGCGAAGUAAAUUGGUUUUACCUGAGCCUCAAAUUUCCGAUAGUGAAUUGCAACAAGUUGUUAAACUUGGUCGAGCGUCAGAGGUGGCACGUGAAAUAGUUUCUGAUGGAGGUGCAACUGAUAGUUUAUUGGCAGAUUAUUCAUUGACUCCAAAUACUGCUGUGACACCAAGGACACCAGCCGUUCAGGAUAGAGUUCUUUUAGAGGCACAAAAUGUCAUGGCUCUAGUUAAUGUUGACACUCCAUUGAAAGGAGGAUUAAAUACGCCGCUUCACAAUUCCGAUUUUAGUGGCGUUGUUCCCGUUUCGAGUGCUGUUGUCACGCCAAAUACACUUCUUGCAACACCUUUUCGUUCACAACGUGCCGAUGGCACUCCGAUAACUUCGUUCAACACUCCAAAUUCUGUGCGAACACAAAAUGGCGUUCUUGCACCAACUCCAAUUCGCGACAAAUUGAAUAUCAAUUCCGAAGAAGCUUUAGAGGGAUCAGAAACUCCCGCUAUCAAAAAACAGGCAAAGGAACAAUUGUGGGCUGGACUUCGUUCAUUGCCAGCGCCUCGGAACGAUUAUGAAAUUGUUGUUCCUGAGGACGAAACAGAUGAAAUGGGUACAGCGUCUGUUAAUGAUAUUAUUGAGGAUCAAGCCGAUGUCGAUGCAAGAAAACAACAGGAAAUUAUUGAACAAAAGCAGAGAGAAUUGUCACGACGAUCGCAAGUAAUACAAAGGGACUUGCCACGACCAAUAGAUGUGAAUCUUAAUAUAUUGCGACCAGCCUCGGAUUCAUUGAGCGAUUUGCAAAGAGCCGAGGAAUUAAUUAAACGUGAAAUGAUAACAAUGUUGCAGUACGAUACAUUAAAUAAUCCAGUGGCGUUGAAUAAACGUUCAAAUAAUAUUUUGUCCCAAGCACAAUCGUAUUUAAAUUCUCAUCCAUAUAAAAAUUAUGAGAAGGAUGAUUUGGAUGAUGCGAAAAAAUUGAUUGAAAAUGAAAUGAAUAUUGUUCGCAAAGGCAUGGAUCAUGGUGACAUCAGUUUGGAAGCAUAUUGCACCGUUUGGGAGGAAUGUUUGUCACAGAUUUUAUAUCUAGAACCACAAAAGCGUUACACUCGUGCAACGCUUGUCUCGAAAAAAGACAGAAUCGAUGCAUGUGAAAGGAAAUUGGAAGAAAAUCGAAUGCUCAUGACGGGCGAGGCAAAACGUGCGGCAAAAAUGGAAAAGAAAUUGAAAAUUUUAACGGGAGGUUAUCAAGGUCGCGCUCAAGCAUUAGCCAAACAAUUAAACGAUACAUGGACACAAAUUGAAGAAUUGAGACUAGAAUUAUCGACAUUUAAAUUUUUAAAAAGUCAAGAAGAAGCUGCAUUACCAAGGCGAAUAAAUGCAUUGGUAGAAGAUGUUAAUCGACAAAAAGAACGUGAAAAACAAUUGCAAAGUAAAUUUGCACAAUUACAAAAUAUUUUGCCUGAAAGAAUGAUUCAAAUUGAAGAUAAUGAAAGAUCGGAGGAGAAUUUUGGUAACAUUUAAAUUUAUUACUCUUAUAUUCUAUGUUUAGACUUUAGAAUUCAAUAUAUAUAAUUAACCUUUAAAAAAAAAUCAAA